AUGUCUUUCCUCCCGGUGGAGAGUUGGAACCAGCCACCAGCCCUCCAGGAGCCAGCCACCAGCCCUCCAAACCUGCAGGAACCAGCCCUCCAGUCCUACAGGAACCAGCCACCAGCCCUCCAGUCCUACAGGAACCAGCCACCAGCCCUCCAGUCUGGCAGGAACCAGCCACCAGCCCUCCAGUCUGGCAGGAACCAGCCACCAGCCCUCCAACCCUGCAGGAACCAGCCACCAGCCUUCCAGUCCUACAGGAACCAGCCACCAGCCCUCCAGUCCUACAGGAACCAGCCACCAGCCCUCCAGUCUGGCAGGAACCAGCCACCAGCCAUCCAGUCUGGCAGGAACCAGCCACCAGCCCUCCAGUCCUGCAGGAACCAGCCACCAGCCUUCCAGUCCUGCAGGAACCAGCCACCAGCCUUCCAGUCCUACAGGAACCAGCCACCAGCCCUGAAGGAACCAGCCACCAGCCCUCCAGUCCUGCAGGAGCCAGCCACCAGCCCUCCAGUCCUGCAGGAACCAGCCACCAGCCCUCCAGUCCUCCAGGAACCAGCCCUACCGAGCCAGCCACCAGCCCUGAAGGAACCAGCCACCAGCCCUCCAGGAGCCAGCCACCAGCCCUCCAGCCCAGAAGGAGCCAGCCAUCAGCCCUCCAGUCCUGCCAGGAACCAGCCACCAGCCCUCCAGGAGGCAGCCACCAGCCCUCCAGGAGGCAGCCACCAGCCCUCCAGGAGCCAGCCCACCAGCCCUCCAGUCCCAGAAAGAACCAGCCACCAGCCCUCCAGGAGCCAUCCACCACCCUCCAGUCCAGAAGGAACCAGCCACCAGCCCUCCAGUCCAGAAGGGACCAGCCACCAGCCCUCCAGUCCAGAAGGAACCAGCCACCAGCCCUCCAGGAGCCACCACCAGCCCUCCAGGAGGCAGCCACCAGCCCUCCAGGAGGCAGCCGCCAGCCAGCCACCAGCCCUCAGGAGGCAGCCGCCAGCCCUCCAGGAGCCAGCCGCCAGCCCUCCAGUCCAGAAGGAACCAGCCACCAGCCCUCCAGUCCUGAAGGAACCAGCCAUCAGCCCUCCAGUCCUGAAGGAACCAGCCAUCAGCCCUCCAGUCCUGAAGGAACCAGCCAUCAGCCCUCCAGUCGCCAGCCACCAGCCCUCCAGGAGCCAGCCACCAGCCCUCCAGGAGCCAGCCACCAGCCCUCCAGAACCAGCCACCAGCCCUCCAGCCCUGCAGGAACCAGCCACCAGCCACCAGCCCUGCAGUCCUGCAGGAGCCAGCCAUCAGCCCUCUUGGAACCAGCCACCAGCCCUCCAGUCCUCUUGGAACCAGCCACCAGACCUCCAGUCCUCUUGGAACCAGCCACCAGCCCUCCAGUCCUCCAGGAACCAGCCACCAGCCUUCCAGUCCUGCAGGAACCAGCCACCAGCCCUCCAGACCAGCAGGAACCAGCCACCAGCCCUCCAGACCAGCAGGAACCAGCCACCAGCCCUCCAGACCAGCAGGUGUCUCCAGUGUACCACUGGUAUGUCCACACCGUAG